UUUUUAAUGAAUUUAUUGGGGUGACAGUGGUUAACAAAAUUAUAUAGACAUCAAGUGUACAAUUCUAUAAUACAUCACCUGUAUAUUGUGUUGUGUGUUCAUCAUCAAAAGUCAAGCCUCCUUCUUAUCACCAUUUAUUCACCCUUUAACCUCUUCUACAUAACCCCUGUGCCCACCUAUCCUCCCCUCUGGUAAUCACUAUACUAUUGUCUGUCCAUGAGUUGUUUUUCUUAAGCCUUUCACCUUUUCAUCCAGUCCCCUAACCCACCUCCCCUGUGAUAGCUGUCAGUCUGCUUUCUGUAUUCAUCUUAAAGGCCCAAUUCAGUUCAGAGUUAAAAACAAUUGGAUAAGUAGUGAUGAUUUUCAAAUGACUCUUAAACUAGGGGUUAUUUCCUCUUCUCUUUGUAGAUAAGGUCAUUUCCUGGUGAUGACAUGUGAGUCACCCCAUUCCCUUUCCAUACCAAUGGCAGGAAUGACCAAUAAAUUACAAGUUCUUUGUCUUCAAUGUGGAUGUGACUUCAGAACCCUCCUCAGCAAUUCACUCCAGGAAACCAUUGCUAAGUGAUCUGCUUUGGCAGUGGAGAUUAAAAAUAUGUCUUUUCCCUACUGUAUAUGAAUACUUUUCCUAUACAUAAGCUCUGGCCAAUUUAAAGUAUUGAAGGAUUUAUCUCCUCCUGACUUCUGCCUGACCUCCUACUACAACUUUCAGCAAAUUUCUAAUUUUCUGUUUUCAUUUACAACAGAAGCAUGUAAUCAGCUUUUCACAUGGAUGCACCAACUGGUCAAUGACUUUGUUAAAUGGUAUCACAAACUGGUCCAAGGUGAAUUUUUCUUUGUAUCAUUAUUGCAGAUUUUGUAUGCUUAGUCUGGCAGCAUUUAGCUUUUCCUUGGUAAUCAUGCAAAACCAAAGCUUUGUAACUGAGUUCGUCCUCUUGGGGCUUUCACAGAAUCCAAACGUUCAGAAAAUAGUAUUUGUUAUAUUUUUGUUCAGCUACAUGGCAACUCUUGGGGGCAACUUACUAAUUGUGGUGACCAUCAGCAGCAGCCCAACACUCCUCAGCUACCCCAUGUACUUCUUCUUGGCUUUCUUAUCCUUCUUGGAUGCCUGCUUCUCCACCACCAUUGCCCCGAAGAUGAUUGUGGACACUCUCUCUGAGAGGAAGACCAUCUCCUUUGAGGGCUGCAUGAUCCAGCUGUUUGCUGGACACUUCUUUUCUGGAGCGGAGGUGAUUGUCCUCACAGUCAUGGCCUAUGACCGCUAUGUGGCCAUCUGCAAGCCCUUGCAUUACUCUUCUAUCAUGAACUGGAGGCUCUGUGGCACUCUGAUGGGGGUGGCCUGGACAGGGGGCUUCCUGCAUUCCACAAUACAAAUUCUCUUUGCAUUGCAGCUGCCCUUCUGUGGCCCCAAUGUCAUUGAUCAUUUUGUGUGUGAUUUGUACCCUUUACUAGAGCUGGCCUGCACUGACACUCAUGUGUUUGGCCUUUUGGUGGUGGCCAACAGUGGGUUUAUGUGCAUCCUAAUCUUCUCCUUGUUGCUUGUCUCCUAUGGCAUCAUCUUGUGCUCUCUGAGAACCCACAGUACUGAAGUGCAGUUGAAGGCUCUCUCCACUUGUGGAUCUCACAUUACUGUUGUGGUUUUGUUCUUUGUCCCUUGCAUAUUCACGUAUGCCCGACCUCCAUCCACUUUCUCCUUUGACAAAAUGGUGACAAUAGUUUACACCAUCCUAGCCCCUUUGCUUAAUCCUUUGAUUUACACCAUCAGGAAUAAGGAAGUGAAAAAUGCCAUGAGGAAUGUGUGGAACAGAGUAAUGGUAGUUUGUAAUGAAAGAUGAGACUGACUUGAUGGAAUCUACACCCAGUGUGUGUUCUAAGACAUGAUGGAGUUGCUCAGCAUAGUUUCUACAAUAAAGAGUUAGAGUGGUCCAGGAUCCCUAAGUCUUUCCUUGCUUCAGCACUCUCAAUAGCAUCUCUGCUCCCCGAGAGGCCAGUAACUGUAGAUGGCAUUGAGGCCAUAUUCGCAGAAAUUUCUGUCUUGGGGGACCUAUCCCUUGAAGAGAUUUAGAAUGAAAACAGAAUCGGGCUGUUCUUUCUCCAUACCUGGGUUUUCAAGAAUCCUUGCCCAUGAUUCAUAACUGCACUCUCUUUCUGGUUUUGGGGCAGUGAUAUUACAGUAGGUCAUAGAGACAGAAACGAAGUUCUGUGAUGAAAUCUUGCAUGAAAAUAUCCUCCCUGAUAUUUUCUUUUGCUCCCUCCCAUCUGUCUUUCUGUAUGUUACUCUCUUACUCAUUUUGCCUUGGUUCUGUUCACUCCCAAUCUCUCCUCUCUCCCGUACUC